AUGGAAGUCUUCCGUGACUGGACCGUCAACAAGGCCUUGGAGUAUUCCUACCUUAUGGAUAUACUACUUGCAUUCACCUCUCUUCACAGCGCAAGCGAAGCGACAGGGACGAUUGAGACGUACAUCCACGUCACUGCAGCGCUCCACUACCAGAAUCAGAGUAUUGCCGAGCUCAAUCGAGGUCAGUCGCUGGUCAGGAUUACUGAAGAGACCUGUGAGUCUGUUGUUCUGGCUACUGCUCUCAAUGCCAUUUGCACUUUGCUGGCAUCGAUGGUCCCGGCAGCAUCAGACGAGCGACUGGAUCCUAUGCCUGAGGUGAUGCUGCGGGUUAGGAGUGAAUUGGCGCGUAUCUUCAGAAGUCCUACCGUCCAGAAGAUCGAGGAUAGCAGACUUAUUACUGCGGACAAAGUACGAGCGCUGAGCGAUGCGGGACUAGCGAACAUGGAUCAGGACGAUACUGCGACUCCCUUUGUACGCAGCGCGCUGCAGAAGAUAGAGAAGGCAUAUGCCGAUAACAAUGGUCGAUCGAUCUUCGGAUGGUUAGUCAUGAUCGAGGCUGAGUUCUUUCACAAAGUCGGGUCAGGCGAAACUGCAGCUAUGGUGACACUGGCGUGUUGGGGCACACUUACGUUUGCGUUGGAGGAAGUUUGGUGGACAAGAUACGCCGGUAAGCGGAUUGUUGAAGAUCUGUUCGCCCAACUGAAUGGUCGUGAUAGCCGAUGGAACGAGGGUCUGCAGUGGUGUUAUAGGCAAGUUGGGAUAUGCGGCAAAGUCGAUUGA